UAACGUGGUUUUCUGUCCACACACCGGGUAUUAUGGCGCUUAGAAGAUGCUGGAGGUUGACCAGCGUUCUCUCGAGGCUCCCCGUUCCUCACGGGUGUUCUUCACCUGUGGGACGGGUAUCUGUGUCCUGCUAUGUCGACACUUACCGAGGCAGCGAAAAAACAGAGUUCCAGCUCCGCAAAUUCAGCUCUCAAGGACGGAACACGGAUGUGAGUUACGCGCAGCUCAAGCAGCUCCUGGCUGACGGCAGAACUGUGGUCGUGGAUGUCCGGGAACCCUGGGAGCUCCGAGAGUACGGCUUCAUCCCCGGAUCUGUCAACGUCCCGCUGGGACAGGUGAACACUGCCCUCCAGCUCGCUCCGGAGGAGUUCAAAGAAAAGUAUGACGGUGAAAAGCCCAGGCAGACGGAUAACGUUGUGUUCGUGUGUCUGGCCGGAGUCAGAAGCAAGACUGCCCUCGACACAGCCGCUUCGCUGGGAUUCACAGAUGUUCAGCAUUAUCCCGGUGGAUGGCAAGACUGGGCGGAACAGGAACAGCUGAAGUGAUCCACAGAGUUUGGAAACGGGAAGUUACGACGAGUGCGAUCAUCCAUGACAAGCUGGUGAACCGAGUUCCUCCGCUUUCUGUCACCUCCGAAUCGGUUCUGGAAGACUCCGGAGCUCCUCUGUAGGGAUUAAAACCCAAUUCCUCCAAACUUCAGUCUGAGUUCUUCAAGUUGACCAAGCAGGUGGCGUUUUGUUUACUGCUAUACAAUCAUUUGUAUAGCAGGGCUUUAUAAAAGGGCUUCAUAAGAGAAUUGCGCUGGAAUUCUAUUUUUAGGAGUCAGUGUUAAUCGGACUGAAUAGAAAUGCAUGCCACACAUUUCAGAUUUUUAUUUGUGAAAAGAAAAAAAGACAUUAAUAAACUAAGUGAUAUUUUAUUCUUCCUCUAAAUAUGCAGGUUUCACCUCGUAUUGGAGUCACAUACUUAAGAAUGUAAUUCAUAUUUCCACUUAACUUGAAAAUGUGUGUGUGUGCACGUCUGUGUGUUUGCAUGUGUGUGUCAGAGCUUAAAUUUUACCCAGCUGUGAAUCCAAAGAGUAGAAACCAGAGGGCUCAAUCAACAUGUCUGCUGCUGAACAUUUAGAUCCACUGUAAUUCUACUUGAAGUCAUUUGUUCAAAAAACAUGAAAUUGUCAAGUUUUUUUUUUUUUUUGCACUUGACAAUUUCACUAAGACGAGUCAUCCAUGCAACGCUUUACAUUGUUGAAAGAAAGUGUUUGAUUUGUUGUUAUACGUUCUUAUUGGUUAAUAACUGCAUGAAAGUAUCUAUUUUUGGAAUUUAUUCAAUAUUUCAAGUCUAGAAAAUUCUGGAAGCUAAAACUGGUUGUGAUUUUCUUUUUGGUUUUUUUUUCAGAAUUUUCUUACAGGCUAAAAGAAAAAAAUCUAACAAUGCUUUGUAAUAUGCAGUGGUUUUCACGUGUAUUUAUGUUUAAUUGCUGUAUUUUAUGCUUGUUUUGCCACAUUGUGCCUUGAUUGUAACAUUUUACUCAUCAAUUUAUUUUUACGUUGCUUUUGUUCACUUCUUAACUGAAUGCACACUCAUUUUUUUAAACUUUAGACAACUUCAUUCUCAGGUUGAACUGAUCCAGUUGAACUGACUGAACAGGCAGCAUGGAGUCGCCUUUAUGACUUUAAAAAUUCCGGAGAUCAAUAAAAAAAAAUGUAUUUUUCUCGCAAGUGUAUUUAACGCAGCCAUGAGACGCUAUCUUGCUUACUCCGAAUGAAUAUUUAUCUUCUGAUGUUCGGUGUUAUAUAAAACCUUUAAAAAAAACAGUACAGACUAGUUAAAUUUUGGCUGUUAAAUAUACAUGUAAACAAUCUCUAUCUUCUACCAAAGCCAACGAUUUAAUAAAAUACAU